AUGCCGACCACAAGAGCAGCGACGGAGACAGGCGCGACGACCGGCAACGCGAGCCGCGACGAGACGACCGGGACGACCGAGACCGAGACCGAGACCGAGCUCGCAGCAGAGACCACCACGACGACCGCCGUCACCAUGAGCGCGAUCGAGACCGAGACCGAGACCGAGACCGAGACCGAGACCGAGACCGAAGCAGCCACUCGGCAUGGCAAACAUGGCAAGUCCAAGAAGAGCCACAAGCAUCAUCGAUCGUCGCACAAGCGCGAUCGCCAUUCGAGCAAGCACGACCAGUCAGAGGCGCGCCCGUUGCCGGCAGGCGUUGCCCCGCUGAGUGACACGGACUACUUUGUCAAGCAUAGCGAGUUUCGCCAGUGGCUGCUGGAGAAGCGGAAGCAAUCCUUUGACGACUUGACGUCGACCGAGUCCCGCAAGCUCUUUACGCGUCGUUUCCUGCCGGCGUGGAACGGUGGGUAUCUGGACGGCAAGUUUUAUGCAGGACUGACGUCCCGCGAUCUCGCCUCGAGCGCUAAAACCCGGCACAAGUGGGGCUUUGUGCCCAAUUUGAAUCCGGACGAGGUCGAUCGUGUGAGCGACACUGUCUCGUCCUUGACACGCGGCGGCGCAUCGUCGAGUGCACAUCCUCCUGCCUCCACCAACGCGUUUGGACGACUGAUUGGCGUGCCACCGGCUCCUAUCCCCGAAGCUGUUUCAGCAACUUCCGGCAGCAAGCGUCCCUACUCGACUUCGCUGGACCCUGCCGAAAGGGUGCUGCAGGAGGAAGAGGCACGCAAGCGAGCCCAAGUCGAGAAGAAAUCUGAGCGUUCGGCCAACUACCAGCGCAUUAACGAGCAGUUCCCAAAGACCGAGGGUCGCGAAGCCGCCAUCGCCGAACGGCAAGGACGCGCUGCCCUGAAAAAGGCGGCAGAAGGUGACGCGAUGGAUUACGCGCCUGGCGUCAGCGUUCUCGGGGGUGGUGGAUCUGACGAGUUCAAGCGGCUUCAGCAAAUCAAGCACCAGGCGGACAGUCGGCGCAAGGAGGCCAAGGCGGCUGUUCUCAAUGAGAAGGUUGCGGCCUAUCAGCUCAAAGAACAAGCGUCCAUGGCUGCGCUUCGACAGCUAGCGGACAUGCGAAAGCAACAGCAGCAGCAGCAACAUCCUUAG